AUGCUGACAGAUGUUGCGGGCCAUGAAGGUGUGGGAAAGGUGAUCGGAGUUGGUCCGAAUGUGGACGAACAACAGUGGAUAGGCCAGAGAGUAGGUGUCAGAUGGCUUUAUAGCUCUUGCUUGGAAUGCGAAAUCUGUGCAGUCAACCAUACUGCUUGCCCUAAGCAGAAGAACGCAGGUGCGAACGUCCCAGGUACUUUUCAGCAAUACAUUGUCAGUCCGGCGAUUCAUGCCACAAUGAUUCCACAGGGGCUAUCUCCAGAUGUAGCUGCUCCUUUGUUAUGUGCUGGUAUUGCAAUGUACUCGUCAAUCCAGAAAACGAAGACGCGUCCAGGUGAUUGGAUUGCCAUCCUUGGCGCAGGCGGAGGUCUAGGACAUAUGGGCAUACAGAUCGCAGCCAAAAAAGGGAUACGGGUCCUCGCAAUUGACAACGAGAGAUCGUAUGAGCAGAGUAUGCAGAUGCUUCGUCCUCUUGGAACAUUGGUCUGUGUCGGUAUACCAAAUACGCCAUUCAAACUACCGGCUUCACCAUUCGAUAUGAUUGUGAAAGGCCAUACCAUCGUGGGAAACUCAGCGGGUACUGCAAAAGAAAUGGAAGAGCUGAUAGAGAUGGCAGUGGCUGGUGAUGUUGAGGCUCAUGUCCAGGUUUUCGAGUUUGAUGAAAUUGCCCAGGUCCUUCGACGACUCGAACAAGCCAGUAUUGAGGGGAGGGCAGUCCUGCGUAUUCCUGAAUAA